AUGGUUGACAAGAUGCUGGAUUCAUCUGUUGAUGGCUUUCAAAGGUGCUUAAUAUUAAAAAUAAGAAAAACAACAGAAACACUCGAUAAUAUUUUGGAUAACGGAAAAGAAACAUGUAAAUGGAAAGCUGCGUUCCAACGACGGGAUAUCACAAGACUGAAUCCCACAGAUGCCUUAAAAGCUAUCAUUGAUGCAAGAUGA